GAGAGUGAAGUUGGAAGGGAGCGGUCCCGGUCUCUUAGGAAUGCCGUUCAGUUACUAUUGUAGUUAGCACUGCUAAGUCUUCACACAAUUUGCUUUUGACAAUGUGAGAAGGAAGAUAUUGACGGGAAUUAAUUGCAAGCUUAUCCUUCGGCGCCUCGUUUAAAUACAUUUUCUUGUUGAGCUCAACUCAACACGACCAUAUCGGUUUUGACAGCAAGCAAGCAGCAUAGACACAAACGAAUGAACUUUGCUUGGAGUUAUUCAGUCUAACAAGACCAUUUUAAAAAAAAAAAAAUCCACCGGGUAAGCAACUGGCAUUUGAACGGGCUUUGAAGUCCAUCUAUUUUGGCUAUAAUUGAUGUUUAAUGCUAAGACAUCUUUUUGUUAGCUUACUGUAUCGUUAAGUAGCCUUUUAAAUCAAGUUUGUCAACAAAUCCUGUAGGCUACAUUGCAGUGGCUAACGUUAUAGGCAUGUCUUAAGUUGGGUAUGAGUUUGUAAGAUCUGUAACACGAUUAUCACAAGCUGACUAGCACUAAGCUCUUCUCCACUCCGUUUUUCACAUAAAGUUCCGCCUGUGUCUGAUCAGUUGUCUUGUCUUGACGGGGAACAAGGGAUAUGAUGACACAAACGUUCCUGCUGACUCGCCGGUCUGACAGCCCCGAAAGCUCUGUGGAAGGUUACAGAUAGCUAGCUGGAGAGUUUUGGGUUCAAAGCCAGCAGCCAAAAGUUCAUGCAGCGGUUCAGCUAACUUCAAGAAACGUAUUGUAGGCUACAGUUAGUCUACCGUGGGAGCAGUGUUGAGCCGAGUAAGAACUUAAGCUGACAGACAGAAGUGCUAUGGCCACCGCCGAUCCUGUUCCCCAGGCACUGACGGGCUCAACAGGUGAGCUCACUGACGAUCCCAGUGGCCCUGGAAAAAUGAAAACCAUUGGCCAUAGAGGCAUCGACCAAACAGGAGAGACCACCUAUAAAAAGACGCCGUCCUCAGCCCUGAGGGGUGCCAUCCAGCUGGGCAUUGCCCACACGGUAGGCAGCCUGACCCAGAAGCCGGAGAGGGACGUGCUCAUGCAGGACUUUGAGGUGGUGGAAAGCAUCAUCUUUCCCAGUGAAGGCACCAAUUUGACCCCUGCUCACCACUACGUGGACUUCCGGUUUAAGACUUAUGCCCCCAUCGCCUUUCGCUACUUCAGGGAUAUGUAUGGCAUUCGCCCAGAUGACUACAUGUACUCCCUCUGUAACGAGCCCCUGAUUGAGUUGUCCAGCUCAGGAGCCAGCGGCUCCCUCUUCUAUGUCUCCAGUGAUGACGAGUUCAUCAUCAAAACUGUGCAGCAUAAGGAGGCAGAAUUCCUGCAGAAACUCCUGCCUGGAUACUUCCUGAACCUGAACCAGAACAGGCAUACCCUCCUCCCCAAGUUCUACGGACUCUAUUGCAUCCAGACGGGUGGCAAGAACAUCCGACUGGUGGUCAUGAACAACCUGCUGCCCCGUGCUAUCCCCAUGCACCUCAAGUUCGACCUGAAGGGCUCCACGUAUAAGCGCCAAGCGUCGUCGCGCGAGCGCACCAAAUUCUCGCCCACCUUCAAGGACCUGGACUUCCGUCAGGACCUUCCUGAGGGGCUCCUACUGGACGCUGACCACUACAACGCCCUCUGCAAGACCAUCCAGAGAGACUGCCUGCUGCUGCAGAGCUUCAAGAUCAUGGACUACAGCCUGCUGGUGGGCAUCCACCGGCUGGAGCAGGGCAGGGGCGACGAGGUGCCCGCGGCGGUGCCCGAACAGAAAAGAGCACAGGGCCAGAAGCCGCUCUACUGCACAGCCCUCGAGGCCAUCCAGUGCUCAGACCAGGGACACAACCACAUGGGUGGUAUUCCUGCACAUUCCAAAGGGGAAAGGGUGCUGCUCUUCGUUGGAAUAAUUGACAUCCUGCAGUCAUACAGAUUUGUGAAGAAGCUGGAACAUUCUUGGAAGGCUCUUGUCCAUGACGGGGAUACGGUGUCGGUACACAGGCCAGGUUUUUAUGCCGACCGCUUCCAGAGGUUCAUGUGCAGCGCAGUCUUUAAGAGGAUCCCACGAGAAUUGAAAACGUCACCCUCUAGGAGGAGUCGCGCCGGUCCGCAGACCCUGCGGCGAGCCAACGUGGCGUCCACUGCCGUCCGUGCGCCCCCCAGCCAGUCCAACCCUCAGCCGCCCCCACCAGCCCAGCCACUUGACAGGGCCCAGAGCCAGGAGCCACAGCAGGCCUCUGCCCAGACCCCGGACCCCAUGGGAGGCCCCUCAGGCAUCCCCUCGGCCCCCACCAAGGGCACUGACCGAGGCAGUGGCACGCAGGCGGCCUGCCCGGACCUGCUCCUAAGGACCCCAGCCCAAGAUAACAUUACCAGCACCAGCUGUGCCACCACCACCGCUCCCCUCGCGCUGGAGGAGAGCCUGGAGCCUGUCCCAGUUGUUUCUCUCCCAACCAGAGAUUCAGCUGGUCAGUCUGCAACGGCCCCUUUCCCUUUCUGUCUCUCUUGCAGAGUUGCAACAGGUUCCAAGAGAGCAAAGAACACCAUGGCAACCGAGGAUGUGUCCAACCUCCUUGUCCAAUCGCAGGGUGAGGGUGAGCCAAGGGUCAGCUGAAGGUGUUCCGUGGUGUUUGACUCCUGGUUUGUGAUGAAUGAAAGAAUGACGCCAUGACGUAUCCACCUUUUUCAGGAACAAGAAACUCUGAAAGAAACUCUCUCUCUCUGCGCCUCCUCAUCUAAAGUGACAUUACCUGCAAGGAGGGCCCUGUUCAAAGCAUUGUGUUUGACAGGGGCCAAAAUGCCUGUGUGGACUUUGAAACUGGUAUUCCACAUAGUCUGAAAAAAAGCGUAUGGUGCAUAUUUGCAGAAAUAAGGAAAUGCCAGGCGCUGUUUUUGAAUUGUUUUCCCCAGAGGACAGAUUGAAAGGUCAGAGCAGUAAACUCAAAAGUACCUGGUCUGUGCUAAAGAAAUGUCAUGGUGGGAUCAGUGCCACUAGGGGGCAGCAUUGUGCAUCAGACCUUUUUAGUCUGUUGCAUCUCGCUAUUAUGAAAUACUCCUAAUGCUGUCGUCAAUAUUUUUUGUGUUGUUUUGUAAUUUGUUUGUUUUGAUAUUUAGUCUGCUGGUGAAAUUGGAGUUUGACCUUCAAGUAAAUGUUUUACUUUUAGAAAGAGAUAGCCAUGAUAGUGAGGUAACCGUUUCAGGAGGACUUUUUUUUUUUUUUUUUUUAAGAAAAUGUGUGAAUUUGGCGUUUCUGAACAGCAUUAACCCUUUGAAAAGCCCUUCUGCCACUGCCUCUGCUGCACGUCAACACAAUGAGACAGAACACCAUAUCAUCAAAACCACAUCAAAACUGUGGCAUCAAAUCCAAACGCAGGCCGCCUGUGAGCCUAAGAGAUAAGCCAAGACACACACUACAUCUUUCAGCAAAAAAAAAGAUUCUGAUCCUCAUCUGACACUCAAGAGGAGCCGGGGAAACUGCUAAUGGACUUUCAUUGACAUAGCCGAAUAUGUUGCCAAAUCAAGUCUGCAGUAUGGACUCAGGUGGGGCUUUCUAUUCGCUGGACUGGGACUUAUUGGAGUUUACAAGGCAGUCAUGAGAAAAACGUAUUUAUAAAAAUGUGACAUUAUUGCAUGACCAGUCAUAUAUGUUUGUAAUGUGAUUUUUAAUACAAUGGUGUACUUUUUAAAAUAA